AUGUUGCCUUCUUCCUCUUUGCCCUUCCCUUCCCUUCUCCUUCUUCCACUUCUCUUCCUUCUCUCAGCUCUGUUCCUAUCCCUGUGCCUUAGACGAACUAAGCAUGGCCUGAAACAACCCCCAGGGCCACCGGCCUGGCCGGUGAUCGGCAACCUCCACCAGUUGGGUACUCUCCCGCACCGAUCCCUUCAGUCUCUCGCGAAGCGCUAUGGACCCAUCAUGUCCUUGCGACUCGGACAGGUCCCUGCUGUUGUCGUCUCUUCCCCUGAAGCCGCCGAGCUUUUCCUCAGGACGCACGACGUCGUUUUUGCCAGCCGCCCAAGGACUCAAGCGUCGGAGUUCCUUUCUUAUGGCUCCAAGGGGAUGGUUUUCUCUGAAUAUGGCCCUUACUGGCGCGAUAUGAGGAAGCUCUGUACUCUGCAGCUUGUUAGCUCAUCGAAAUUGGAGACGUUUGCUCCCUUAAGAAGGGAGGAGUUGAGACAGCUGGUGAAGUCGAUUGAGAAAUCGGCGGCGGCGAGUGAGGUGGUGGAUCUGACGGAGAAGGUGGAGCGGCUUGUAGAAGACAUAAUGUAUAAAAUGAUAUUUGGACGCAACAGGGACGAUAGAUUUGAUCUGAAGGAUCUUAUUCAUGAAGCGCUGAACUUGGUUGGAGCCUUCAAUAUUGCAGAUUUCGUUCCUUUCUUGGCGCCAUUUGAUAUCCAGCAAACCAAAUCUGUCCGUUGUCUAGCUGCAUCUCAGAUUUUGAUCCAAGAGCGGUUCAAGGUGAAGUGUUGA